AUGAGUUACUUUGAUAAUGUACCCAAAUCAAAAACUGGUCUUCUUAAUAUAAAAGUUGUUGAUUGGGGUUUCAUUAAGGAUUUAGAUGUAGAAGAGCUUAGGAAUACUAGAGAUCGAUCUGAUUUAAAAGCUAUCAUCAAAGAUUUUUUAAAAUCUGAUUCAUUAUUUGUAGAUCCUAACUUUGUAGAAGCAAAUUUAGUAUUUAAAUACUUCCAAUUGCUUCAAAUAGCUGUCAAAGAGCUCACCAAAGAGAACAAUCAACUUAGAGAAAUAGUGCAAGUACAAAAAGAACAGUUAUAUAGUGCCAAAGAUCAACUUAUUCAUUCUCGUGUAAAGCCUACAAAAACACCAGAUGUAACGGUAAUUUAUCAAUGCCCUUAUUGCUUCAAACAAUUCAAAUCAAAGGAAUAUCUUGAACUUCACAAGCUAAGGAGACACAACACAUCUACUACUAGUAAAAAGAUUGAAAAAACAAAUCCGAUUUCAAAACCUACUGUUGAUAUCAAUAAAAUUGUUGAAUCAAUGGGUCAUACGCUUGAACAGAGACAAAAGCAACAAAAAGAAGUAUUUGAAAAACGAUUCUCGGAUUUUGAAAAUAAAAUCAAAGAAAAACUUGAAACAGACAGAAGAACAUUUAUCGCAGACAAGUUUCCUGGCAACCGUAAAGCUGCUGAUUCAGUAUUUGGAAAUACAUUAACUACAAGUCAUGUUCCACUCAUUUUAUCUCUUAGUGAUGACGAUGAUGAUGAAUACCUGAGUAGUAUUAACAUAAAAGAAUCUCAUGAAUACUCUUCAGAUAGUUUCUAA